CAGGAAUCCCACGUGACGUCACCAAAGGGUGAUGUAAUGCUUCUCUAAAUAGAUCGUAUUGUAAUCUUUCCUCAGUCCAACGUGGUUCCUUCAGAAAGUGUGCUGCAUCUUCUCCAGACUUCUGCGGUAUAUGAGGAGCCAGUGACAGUGAUGAACUCCGAGCAGGAAAGGCCGUUCAUGUGCAGCGCCCCGGGCUGCUCUCAGAGAUUCCCUACAGAGGAUCAUCUAAUGAUUCAUCGGCACAAGCAUGAGAUGACCCUCAAAUUCCCCUCCAUCAAAAAUGAUAACAUGCUGUCAGACCAGACUCCAACCCCAACGCGCUUCUUGAAGAACUGCGAGGAGGUGGGUCUCUUCAGCGAGCUGGAUUGCUCUAUCGAACAGGAGUUUUGCAAGGCUCAGGAGGAGGAGGACAGCAAACGGAAUAUCGCUCUUCAUGGGCAGGGGGGCCCUAACCAGCACCAGCACACCCACUCAAGAAUGGCCAACCACGACAGCAGCAUAGUGAUCCAGCAGGCACUGCCCUCGCCCCAGUCCAGUUCUGUCAUCACUCAAGCCCCUUCCACCAACAGACAGAUUGGACCAGUGCCUGGUUCCCUUUCCUCGUUGUUGCACCUGAGGAACAGACAGCGACAGCCACUGCCGGCCUCCAUGCCUGGCACGUUGCCUGACCCGACUAUGCAAGGAUCGUCUGCUGUUCUGAUGCCUAUGGAGAGGCAAAUGUCUAUGGGCUCUAACAUGAUGGGCAUGCAAGGCCCUGCCCACAGUAGCUCAUGCUCCUCCCCUCAUGUUCCAUCCAUGCACUCAGAGGCAAAGCUGAGACUGAAAGCUGCCCUUGCCCACCAUACAGGGGGCAUGGCGAAUGGCAGCAUGAACUCCAUGGGUCAUAUGAUGGAGAUGAUGCAAUCGCGGCAGGAUCAGGCCGGUCACCACCACCUGCACUCUCACCCCCACCAGCACAUGCAGGGCCCUCCCCACGGAUACCCACACCAUGCCCACCACCACCCCAGCCAUGCACAGAGCGCCCAUCACCACCCACAAAACCAUGGGCACCACAACUCCCACCCGCCCCACCUGCACCCUGCACACGGACAUCAGACCUCUCCACACCAACCAAUGCACUCUGCUGCUUCACAGUUAUCUCCAGCUGCACAGCAAAUGCAGCUGACGCAGACCCUUCAGUCCCCGCCGCCCAGCGGAGGGCGCCGCAGACGGGUCGUGGACGAGGACCCCGACGAGCGCAGGAGGAAGUUCCUGGAGAGGAAUCGUGCAGCCGCCACACGCUGCAGACAGAAGAGGAAAGUGUGGGUGAUGUCGCUAGAAAAGAAAGCGGAGGAGCUCACCCAAACCAACAUGCAGCUGCAGAAUGAGGUCACCAUGCUAAAAAACGAGGUGACACAACUGAAACAGCUUUUACUGACGCAUAAGGACUGUCCCAUCACCGCCAUGCAGAAAGAGUCCCAAGGUUACCUCAGUCCAGAGAGCAGUCCGGCAGGAAGUCCCACCCCUGUAACCCAGCAGCAAGUCAUCCAGCACAACACCAUCACCACCUCCAGCACAGCACCCAAUCACCGCACAGAUAUUAACCCCAUCCACUAGAGACUCCACCCCCUGACGCCCUUUACCACGCUGGACAUCCCGACUGCAAGUCCUGGACAGACACACACCUCUGUGCCUCUGCGGCAGCUUAUUCUUCUGUUUGUAAUUUGUAAAUGUAAACUGAUUACCAUUUUGUUUAGUUCUGUGUGUUUUAUGUUUCCAUUUGUGUCUGCUUAAAAAAAGGGAGUUUGCAUAAAUCAUCGGGCACCAUCUCGCUUGUCAAGGACAUCACUAAUGGACACGCAACUGUUACAUCUGUUCCUGGAUUACUGCUGGACCACUGCCUUUACAAAUUACAAAACUCGGAUAACUGGAUAGCUUUUGCUAUGAAUUUUCCAUUGCCGAAAAGAUGCUGUCUUUUCCUUUCUGUUUAUUGUUAUAACAAUUACUCUCACAGUCCCCUUUUUAUCAAAUUCAAAAGGAUAAAUUAGGAGGGUCAGUCUCCAUUGGGAGUUCCUAAUGAAAGUAACCUGAAGCAAUAUGAAUCUCUGACAUGCUGAGCAAUCUGAUUGUCUUCACUUGCUCGCUUGGACCAGAAUCUAGAUCAGAUUAAGUUCAACCUAUUUGCUUCUGUCAUUUCAGAUAUAAUUUCAAAAGUUAUCUUCCUAAAACAAAACAGCUUUGAGCUCCUAAGCUGGUACAGCUCAUGUAAAUGGAAUGCAUUUGUCAGGCUCCUGUGAGCAUAUGCCCUGCUGAACGUGUGAGAUUUCGGAGUAUUCCCAAAGCGGCGAGUUCAUAGCUGCAAUCACGUUGCACCAGGAAGACAUCUCACUUGCCGUUUCUGUCCAAACAUUUCAGAAGAUCCCAUCAGCUGUUAUAUUUUAAGCUGGUGUAAAUUCUCAUCAGUUUGCAUAUUGCUUCUUCUGGCAGUUCAUUUCAGUAUCUGUUUUGGAUCAGCAAGUGGAAUAAGUAUUAUGCACAUACGUCAAUACAUUUUUAUGUAUGUUUUGUGCUCAUAUGUGGGCCUCCCAACCAAUGCACUAAUCUUGCACCAGAAUAUUGCCAUGGAAAAACGCUACUUAAAAUUUGUUUUUAUUUUGGCUCAAAGUU